UCUGUGCAUGCAGGAUAAGAGCAUUGACUGCCUGCUAAUCUAUUCCCAGAUGGAGGUGGAUGCAGACGAGAAGCGCCAUCGCACACGGUCCAAAGGUGUUCGAGUUCCCGUGGAACCAGCCAUACAAGAGCUGUUCAGCUGCCCUACUCCUGGCUGUGAUGGCAGCGGUCACGUUAGUGGCAAAUAUGCAAGACACAGAAGUGUUUACGGCUGUCCUUUGGCAAAAAAAAGAAAAGCGCAAGAGAAACAACCCCAAGAACCUGCUCCUAAAAGAAAACCUUAUGUGGUUAAAGCCGAUAACUCUUCCGUAGAUGAAUGUUACGAAACAGAUGGGACUGAGGAAAUGGAUGAAAAGGAAGAGGAGGAGGAGGAAGAGGAGGACUAUUCUGAUGAUAAUGAGGAACAAGGUGAUGAGGAAGAAGAGGAGGAGGAAGUAGAAGAUAGGGAAGAGGAGGAGGUCGAAGAGGAGGAGGAGGAAGAGGAAGAGGAAGAUGAAGAUGAUGAAAAUGAUGAAGUGGAAGAGGAGGAGGAGGAAGAGGAGGAGGAGGAGGAAGAAGAAGAAAAAAGAAAUCUCCGCUGGAGGAGCUCCAGGAACAGAUGUUCCAAGGCACCAUUUAGCCUAUAUCAUAUGAAGACAUUCAAGAUGGCUUGUGCUCCAGAAGACCAUCAAAUGAAUUGUCACAAUACUCGAAUGCAAGACACAGAAAAAGACGAUAACAAUAAUGAUGAGUAUGAUAAUUACGAUGAACUGGUGGCCAAGUCAUUGUUAAAUCUUGGCAAAAUUGCGGAGGAUGCAGCAUACAGAGCCAGGACUGAAUCAGAAAUGAAUAGCAAUACAUCUAAUAGCCUGGAAGAUGAUAGCGACAAAAAUGAAAACAUUGGUCGUAAGAGUGAGCUGAGUUUAGAUUUAGACAGUGACGUUGUUAGGGAAACUGUGGACUCGCUCAAAUUGUUAGCACAAGGGCACGGUGUAGUGCUUUCAGAAAACGUUAACGACAGAAAUUAUGCAGACAAUAUGUCGCAGCAAGAAAAUAGGAAUAUGAACUAUGGAAUGCUAGGGAAGCCUACAAACAAUGGGCUUACAGAAAAAAUGGUGGAAGAAAGUGAUGAAGAAGUAUGUCUCAGUAGCUUGGAAUGCUUGCGGAAUCAAUGUUUUGAUUUGGCCAGGAAGCUCAGUGAGACAAAUCCACAAGAAAGAAAUCAACAGCAAAACCUGAAUUCUCGCCAACAUGCUCGGCAAGAAGAUGAUUUUCAAGGACGGACACCCGAUCGGAACUAUUCUGAUAUGAUGAACUUAAUGAGACUUGAAGAACAGUUGAGUCCCAGAUCUAGAACUUUUUCUAGCUGUGCAAAAGAGGGUGGGUGUCAUGAAAGAGACGAUGACACCACCUCUAUUACUUCAGAUAGGUCUGAAGAGGUGUUUGAUAUGACAAAAGGAAACUUAACGCUACUUGAAAAAGCUAUUGCUUUAGAAACAGAAAGAGCAAAAGCCAUGAGGGAAAAAAUGGCAAUGGAAGCUGGAAGGAGGGAUAAUAUGAGAUCCUAUGAGGAGCAGUCUCCAAGACAGAUUUCUGGAGAUGACAGGAAAUCUAAAUCCAGUGACGGCCAUGUCAAAAAGCCAUAUUAUGGUAAAGAUCCCUCAAGAACAGAAAAGAAAGAGAGCAAAUGUCCUACCCCUGGGUGUGAUGGAACUGGCCAUGUAACGGGGCUUUACCCCCAUCACCGCAGUUUGUCAGGAUGCCCACACAAAGAUAGGGUCCCUCCAGAAAUUCUUGCCAUGCAUGAAAACGUUCUUAAGUGUCCUACACCAGGCUGCACAGGCCGGGGCCACGUAAAUAGCAACAGGAAUUCCCACAGAAGCCUCUCGGGAUGUCCUAUUGCUGCAGCAGAGAAACUGGCUAAAGCUCAAGAGAAGCAUCAGAGCUGUGAUGCAUCAAAAUCAAACCAGGCAUCAGAUCGUGUCUUGAGGCCCAUGUGUUUUGUUAAGCAGUUGGAGAUUCCUCAAUAUGGCUACAGAAACAAUGUCCCUACCACAACGCCCCGCUCCAACUUGGCCAAGGAACUAGAGAAAUACUCUAAGACUACGUUUGAAUAUAACAGUUAUGACAACCAUGCAUAUGGCAAGAGAGCCAUAGCUCCCAAGGUGCAGUCCAGAGAUAUAUCCCCCAAAGGAUAUGAUGCAAAGCGUUACUGUAAGAAUUCAAGUCCCACCAGCAGCACAACCAGUAGUUAUGCCCCUAGCAGCAGCAGCAACCUGAGCUGUGGGGGAGGCAGCAGCGCCAGCAGUACCUGCAGCAAGAGCAGCUUUGACUAUACCCAUGACAUGGAGGCAGCGCAUAUGGCGGCCACUGCCAUCCUGAAUCUUUCCACGCGCUGCAGAGAGAUGCCUCAGAACCUCUCCACGAAGCCUCAGGACCUCUGUUCCAGGAAUCCUGAUAUGGAAGUGGACGAAAAUGGAACGUUAGAUCUGAGCUUGAACAAGCAGAGGCAGCGGGACGGUUGUUGCACCAUUUUGACGCCACUGGAACCCAUGUCACCGCAACAACAGGCUGUGAUGAAUAACAGGUGUUACCAGCUGAAUGAGGGUGACUGCUGGGACUUGCCGGUGGACUACACAAAAAUGAAGCCUAGUAGGAUAGAUGAAGAUGAUUCAAAAGAAAUUAAUCCAGAAGAUUUAGAUCCUUUCCAAGAAGCGCUAGAAGAACGAAGGUAUCCUGGAGAAGUCACCAUCCCAAGUCCUAAGCCCAAAUAUCCUCAGUGCAAAGAGAACAAAAAGGAUUUAAUAACAUGUCCAACACCAGGGUGUGAUGGGAGUGGUCAUGUGACUGGUAAUUACGCCUCACAUAGAAGUCUAUCUGGCUGUCCCUUGGCUGACAAAAGUAUUCGAAGUAUGCUGGCCACAAGCUCGCAGGAACUCAAGUGUCCCACGCCUGGUUGUGAUGGCUCUGGGCAUAUCACUGGAAAUUAUGCUUCACAUCGAAGCCUUUCAGGUUGUCCACGAGCAAAGAAAAGUGGGAUCCGGAUAGUACAAAGCAAAGAAGACAAGGAAGAUCAAGAGCCAAUUAGAUGUCCAGUUCCUGGUUGUGAUGGUCAGGGCCAUAUAACUGGGAAGUAUGCAUCUCACCGUAGUGCAUCAGGGUGCCCUCUAGCUACUAAAAGGCAAAAGGAUGGGUACUUGAACGGUUCCCAGUUUUCUUGGAAGUCCGUGAAAACGGAAGGUAUGUCAUGUCCAACCCCAGGAUGUGAUGGCUCAGGACAUGUCAGCGGUAGUUUUCUUACACAUAGAAGUCUAUCAGGAUGCCCCAGAGCUACAUCAGCAAUGAAGAGAGCAAAGCUGUCUGGAGAACAAAUGCUUACAAUAAAGCAGCGGGCUAGCAAUGGUAUAGAAAAUGAUGAAGAAAUUAAACAAUUAGAUGAAGAAAUAAAAGAACUAAAUGAAUCCAACUCUCAGAUGGAAGCUGAUAUGAUUAAACUCCGAACUCAGGUAACAAUUACCACAAUGGAGAGCAACCUGAAGACAAUAGAAGAGGAGAACAAAGUAAUUGAACAACAAAAUGAAUCUCUUCUUCACGAAUUGGCCAAUUUAAGCCAGUCUUUAAUUCAUAGUCUAGCUAAUAUCCAGCUACCACAUAUGGAACCAAUCAAUGAACAAAAUUUUGAUGCUUACGUGACCACUUUGACGGACAUGUAUACAAAUCAAGAUCGUUAUCAGAGUCCAGAAAAUAAAGCCCUACUGGAAAAUAUAAAGCAGGCUGUGAGAGGAAUUCAGGUGUGAACAGCUGCUGUAGUGGUGAAAAUCUUACCUUUAAAAAAGGAUGCCUCUUGUUUUUUGCUGCUGUAAUUUACCAGAAAGUGUUAUAUAUUUCUUUCUGUUUGAAACAGUGUUAUGCUUACAAGACUUCAUGAUGAUUUUAUGUCUUGCUUUAAAAAUAGUAACUGCAGAAUAGUUUUUUUAAUACAUUCACAUUUUGUACGUUUUCAUAUAAGCCGACAUAGUGUGAUAUGCCAUGUAAUGUUUAUAGCUGCUAAUGUAUGCACAUUUUUGAGGUAAAUAUAUUUCUGAAGAGGUAAGCUGAUCAAAAUAAAUAGAGUGUAAAUUCUUUUUAAUGCUUUAGUGAUUAAAUGUUUUAGUAUUUUGAACUGAAAUGAACAAAAAAAAUCCCCGCUUUGAAUGACAAUGUUGCAGUCAGCGGCCACUUUUUAGACACUCUCAUUUUGCCUCGUGCUGGAGGAUUUUAUGGGAUUUAAGAAAUACAUUUUGUGUGCAUAUUGUUUCAUAGCAAGAAUUGGUUGCAAAAAUGCUUUAUUUUUGAACAAUGCUUGAAAAUAUUGUGUGACUUUUGUUUUCAGAGGAUGGUAUGUGGUGGGGGCAAUAAGAGGGUUUUUUGGAAUUCCAAGCAAAGGGCAUGAAUUAGAUGUGAGAUGUAAAAGGAGUAAUUUAUUGUAAGACAACAUCAAGCCAUGGAAACUUGACAGAAGAUUCAAAGCAGCUUAAACAGCACUUUUUAAUUAACUUCUAAGCAUUGCAUGGUAUGAAUAUGGGAACUUCCAUAAUGACAGGAGCUCUUUCAGAGGUGGACAACGUGAAGAUUUCAGCUUUUCUUUUCAAAUAUACUUUGGAGCCAACAUCCUCUUAUCUCUCCAGGACUCUUAAAAAGUGUCCCUCUGAGUUAUCUGUUACAGCAAUGUAGUUUAUUU